AGAAAACCUGUCGAGAAACCAAGCAUUAAUUUUGAAAGCAAAUAUGGAGGGAAUGCUAUUACCCAAUCCAAAGGACCUGAAUGCCACUAUAUUAUUGAUGGGACUCAGAAGAGGGGGCAAGUCGUCCAUCUGUAAGGUGGUGUUCCAUAACAUGCAACCACUUGAUACGUUGUACCUUGAGCUGACAUCUAAGCCAACGACAGAACAGUUUUCUUCAUUAAUAGAUUUGAGUGUAAUGGAGUUGCCAGGGCAGUUGAAUUACUUUGAACCCAAUUACGACAGUGAAAGGCUCUUUCAGAGUAUCGGGGCGUUGGUGUAUGUGAUUGACUCUCAGGAUGAGUAUUUGAAUGCUAUCACUAACUUAAGUAUGAUCAUCGAAUACGCCUACAAAGUGAAUCCUAAGAUUAAUAUCGAGGUAUUGAUCCAUAAGAUUGAUGGGUUGAGUGAAGAUUAUCGGUUAGAUUGCCAGAGAGAUAUCAUGCAGAGAACAGGUGAUGAGUUAUUGGAUUUGGGCCUUGAAGGUGUGCAAGUGUCGUUUUAUUUGACGUCUAUCUUUGACCAUUCCAUCUACGAAGCAUUCAGCAGAAUUGUUCAGAAGCUUAUUAACGAGUUGCCGUCGUUGGAGAACAUGUUGGAUAAUCUUGUAGAGCAUUCAUCCAUCGAGAAGGUGUUUUUGUUUGACAUAAAUUCCAAAAUCUACGUGGCCACGGACUCUUCACCGGUCGAUAUCCAGACUUACGAAGUGUGUGCUGAGUUCAUUGACAUAACCAUAGAUUUGGACAACUUAUACAUUAGUGAAUCGCCCAGUAAUGGUGCAAGUAAUGGUCAGAGCAAUGGAGAGCCUACCUGUGCUAAAGAGGUUAAGUCUAUAAGUUAUCUUAACAAUGGGUCCAUCCUAUACUUGAAGCAGAUGAUCCGGGGCUUGGCAUUGGUGGCAUCGAUAAAUAACGAAGAUAAUGACGAGUUUAACAACAACUUGACGUUAAUUGAUUAUAACGUCAAUUUGUUUAAGAGCUCUUUGAAGAAAAUGUGGGAAAACUCGAGAAUACAGAGCUAGAGACAGUUAGUCAGAAUGUAUUUAUCUAAUGGAAUAUUAUACACGUGAGUAUGAGUUGGUGUAGUAAGGUAAUGUUUUGUUACUGCAAAAUGAGGUACAAUCAAUUUGGUGAAAUUUGCAAAAAGCUCAAAAAUCUUGCAGCCAAUUCACAAGCAGAAACAUUUGUCGUGUAUGCUAAGAUGCAAUCAUAAACCUCCAUAAAACUUUAUCUGACUAAUUCUAGAUUCU